AUGCUGCUCCGCGCGGGCCUCAUGGAAGCGUCCGAAGACACGCGCCAUUUAAACGUGACGGUCAACGCCCGGGGCGACUCGAUCGUGCUCGAGGCCCACAGUCUUCGGUACCGCGACUGCAAUUUCAUCUCGAACGGCAUGAAGUGCUGGACCGUCUUCAACCACCGCGAAGGCAUUGUGCUGCCCAACAACGCGACACUCGAGGUACUUUCCUUCAUUUCGUUUGGCUUCUGUGAUCGUAUGGCGCUCCAGGUGCUCGAGCAAAUCGACGAGAAUUCCGUCUACGUUCGCAUUACGUCGUACCUCGACAAGAUGACGCCGUUCAUCCAGACACUCGGCGCGGUCAAGCGCUACAUUGAAAACGACCGCAUCGUCUUCGUGCUCCAGACCGUCCUCGACGACGAAGUGCACCCGCACCAGCUCGGCUUUUACAUUGGCAACAUGACGGCCACGGUCGUCGUCGUACCCCAAGGCCCGUACCGGUCCAUGCGCCGCCUGUGCCUCUCGGGGCAGCUGCCGCUCGAGCCGCCCAAGCAAAACCCGCUGUGCGCGAGUCCGCGAAGCCUCAUCUGCGAUGUCUUUCUGAACCACCUGCGGACGACAUUUGAUGCGCUCGAGCAUCUCAUGGGCUAG